AUGGAAUCGACAGCUGAUAGUGAUACUUCCAGCGUUGGCGACCAGCAUCGUGGUGGUGCGGGAUCCAUCAUGAUGCCAAACGCUAGAGGUGCCGCCACAGCAAACCCCUUCGAGGAACCCCAACGUCGGAUCAACGAAUACACUGCACAGGAAAUUGCAACUCUCCAAGCCCGUCUCGACAAGAAACUGGGACCCGAAUACAUCUCUGCGCGUCCCGGUGCCGCGGGGCAGAAAGUGCACUAUCUCUCCGCGGACAAAUGUAUUAACCUCGCGAAUGAAGUGUUUGGAUUCAAUGGCUGGUCCAGUUCGAUUCAGACCAUACAGAUUGAUUUUGUCGAGGAGAGCCAAAACACAGGCAAGAUCAGCUUGGGUCUUUCAGUCAUUAUGAGAGUCACACUACGAGAUGGGACCUUCCAUGAGGAUAUUGGCUACGGGCAUAUCGAGAAUUGCAAGGGCAAGGCCGCAGCUUUUGAGAAGGCGAAGAAAGAAGGCACAACAGACGCAUUAAAACGUGCAUUGAGAAACUUUGGCAAUGUGUUGGGUAACUGCAUCUAUGACAAAGAUUAUGUGUCCAAGGUGACCAAAGUCAAGGCAGCGCCUGGAAGAUGGGAUGUCGACGAUCUACACAGGCAUCCUGACUAUGCACCACAGGUGAAAAAGCAGCCGCCCCUACCACCGAAACGUAUACCUGAAGAGGAUGAGCUACCCCCCUCUCGUCCUAUACAGCAAGCAAGAAACAAUGCUCCAGGGAGUAGUGUUUCGUUGGAGGGGGACGGAGAAUUCGGCAGUGACGUUUUCGAUGAAGCCGACUUUGGGGUGGCCGAGACAGAAGCGGGCAACCCCGAUGAGAUUGUGAUAGACACAGAUAUCAUUCAACAAAACCAGCCCCCUGCGACAACGAAUGACCCAACGCCUCAACGAGGACCGCCUGUCCGCGCAGGAUUCAACCCUGCUAUUGUUACACCUUCAAAACCAGAGCGAUGGAACGGUCCCGGCGCGGCAGGGCGACCUAACCCAGCCAUUGUGCGACAAAAUUCAGCAAUUCCGCCUCCAGCUGCAGCACAAGGUCGACCGAUGGCCGCGCAAGGCCCUCCUCAGAAUCUUGCAAACCCUCGACAAGGGAAACUGCCCCCCGGGGGAAUCCAGGGAGCCCAAGACAUGAAUCCACCGCAAGGCACCCCAUCAGCGGGAUUUUAUUCCGCCAGAGCAGUCGAUCUUCUCCGUGAAAAUCCCAAUGCGGUCCCUGCAGGAGCACCCCAGUUCGACCCACACGCCGAGAGCCCCUCAAUCCGCAAAACAGCUGGUGUGGACCACUCCAAGAGCCUUCCUAUUGCCAGACCUAUGCUGUCGGGUGGCACCGUUUCUCCCGCACCCGCAGUCAAUGUCAACAACAACGCACGCGAUUACGUCAAUCCCUCAACCGAUCUACAACGCCGAGUCGGUGCUCCUGCCGGUGCAAUCGGCGGUCCCAUCAGCAGAGGCCCUUCUGUCUCAUCAUAUCGACCAUUAACUCGACCUAAUCCCGAUCAAAGGAGCGUUUCAAAUCCAGCCGCCAUAAACCGAGGCAGUGUUACACCCCAACAGAAUCUUAACGGCAAAAGACCUCCAUUAGUGGAUGUCACCAAUGCAGAUGCUGCGCCGGGAGCAUAUCCUGGAGUGCAGGCACCCGGGCCGAAUGACCCUAAACGUCCCCGAGUCUCGGAUGCUGACUCUGGAGCUUCCUCUGGCCCUCGCGCACCGGCCCAAUAA